CGGUGCCACAGAGCUCCCCCAGUAUUCAAUUGCGGUGGCCCAAUUGGAAGUUUUUCUCCUCUGUGUUCGGUUUGUUGCGAGUGCUUGGGCUGCUGAUCCCUGCGACGAUAAAAAGAACAUGCCCGACAAGGAUGGCCGGUUUAAACCUAUCAAAGGCUGUGGCGGGUGAUUAAGCUGCCAAGGGGACCAAUCCUCUGUGACCUUGGGGCCAGCCACGGCCUAGAUAGUCCAUCAUGGGUCUGGGGUCUCUGGGGCCCUUUUUACUGAAUCUCGGUCGCGUUUUCCUUCCUGUUGUGCCAUCCCCAUCUCCAUCUGCGGACUGUCUUUCGUUCCCGAUCCUUUUAAAAGAGCUGUGUGCUGUCACUCGCUAAGAGCACUCACGUCUCUGGGAAUUGUUUGUAUUCUUGCCCUCGUUCGUAUAUUUUGGCCCCCUCUCUUCGUCGCAACCGGUGCUUUAAUCUCCUGGAACGCCGUUAAUAUUACGAGUCACCGUCUACGCCUUCUCCUUUUCCUUAGGUCUCGGAUCCACCACAGCUCCCGCCAUCUUGCUCCAGCAUCCCUUCGCAUCUUACCAGCGUGUUUCCUUGAGCUCCUCAGUCACAAUGGUCAACUUCCGCACAACCCUCCUGGCCUUUGCCGCCGCCGUCACCGUUUCAGCCGACUACGUGAUCGACCCAAAUACCAUCCCUCUCUCUGCCAGAAAGGCCUGGUGCAACGACCAAAGGAGCACUUGCCCAACCAUUUGCCGUCAAACCAGUGUUGGCCAGCCCCUCGUCAACGACUGCGAUGCUGAAACCCUGCAGUACGGCUGCCUCUGCAGCGACAACAAGGUACCAAACAUGUCCGAGUACACCCUCACCCUCCCCUACCACGUGUGCACAGCUUGGGGCACUCAGUGCGUGAAGGACUGCGGGACCAACAACCUGUGCUCUGCUGCUUGCCGUGAGGAACAUCCUUGCGGUGCCCAGAACCCCAGCCGUGUCAACGAGACCAAGACGGCGACCACCUCGGCGGCUGAGGAGACGGCGACCCCAACUGAUGGAAUUGCGGACGGCUUCGGCGAUGGUACCCAGAACAACAACGGCAGACCAGGAAGCGGCGCUGGUGCUCUCGCGCUCGGCAAUGCCUAUGGUCUCGCUGUUGUUGCCACUGGUCUGUUUGCUGGCUUCACUUUGCUUCUUUAG